GGAUUUUAGCCAAUCCUGUGAAUUGUAUUUGUUUGUGAAAAGUGGGAAAAGUCGCUCAAGGAAAUAUCACUCGAUGGCGUCGACAACGACUGGUGCAGCGCGCCAACGCCGUCGCGGUGUCAAGGAGCCCAAUGACGAAGGCACCGUGUCCGAGCCAGAGUACAAUGAACUUCGUCGUCGGUACGACGCAGCAUCCAAGACACCUCCUGCUGCCGCCGAGGACGGGUCCGAGUCCGAGUCGGACACGGCGACGACCGACAAGCCGUUCCGCGAGCCGCGAUGGAACUUCAACGCCAAGGAGAAGAACGUGACGCUGCUAGUGGACGAAGACAAGGCGAAGAAAUGGUCUAGCUUCAAGACGCGGACGCUGUACACGCUGCUCAUGGUCGUGGGGUUCCUCGUGAUUGUGUUUGGGUUCCACCAAGUCGGGUGUUGCGUGCUCGUGUUCUCCCUCCAAGCGACCAUGUACGCCGAGCUGGUAAGUCUCAUGUUCAAGCAGCAAGUCGAAAACGAGAUGCCCAAGUUUCGCCGGCUGUACUACUACUGGUUCUUUGUAUGCGUGUUCUUCGUGUACGGCCGCGCGCUCAUGCCGCACUUUGAAGUCCACGAGUUCGACACGCUGUUUGGGCUGUACUUUCUCGAAAAAGGGUUUGUGAACAAGCAUCACACGGCCAUCUCGUUUGCCCUGUACGUCGGCGGGUUCGUCUCGUUUGUGUUUUCCCUCCGAAAGCGCAAGCAUUACAAGUACCAGUUCUCCCAGUACGCGUACUGCCACGUGGCGCUGUUGAUCAUCGUGGCCCAGUCCACGUUCAUGAUCUCCAACAUGUUUGCCGGUCUCUUCUGGUUCCUUCUCCCGUGCUCGCUCAUCAUCGUGAACGACGUGUUUGCGUACAUUUGCGGCUUCUUCUUUGGCCGGACGCCGCUGAUCCCGAAACUGUCGCCCAAAAAGACAUGGGAAGGGUUCCUCGGCGCGCUCGUCGUUACGAUAUUGUGGUCGUUUGGGUUCUCGCGCUUCAUGCUGCAGUUUGAAAUGAUGAUGUGUCCCCAAGUGGGCUUCCACUUGGGCGACUUCAAAGGAUGUACCCCUACCGACAUUUACACGCCGCAAGUGAUUGCCCAUUUCCCUUUCACCGUGGCGCCGAUCCAGUUUCACAUGGUGUGCUUUGCCGUGUUCGCGUCGAUUGUGGCGCCGUUUGGGGGGUUCUUUGCCUCGGGCUUCAAGCGUGCGUUCAAGAUCAAAGACUUUGGAUCGAGCAUUCCCGGGCACGGGGGCGUCGUGGAUCGCAUGGAUUGUCAAGUCAUCAUGGGCAUGUUCACGUAUGUGUAUUACACGAACUUUAUCCAACGGCCCGAUCGCAUUUCAAGUGCUUUGCGCAUGCUCGAACGGUUAACAACGGACGAACAGCUCGUGGUGUUUCAAAGCCUGCAAAAUGUGCUCACCGAAGCGGGGGUUCUAACAGGAUAAUAUAGAUUGUGUCAAUAGAA